GUCAGCUGAGUCCAGAGGGGGCAGCAGCGCGACACUGAGGCUGCUGCCGCCGAGAAGAAGAAGAAGAAGAAGAAGACGAACCGUCGGGCGGGCUCAGUUGUUGUUAUUGUUGUUCUCGUUCCACAGAGGUUUAGAAAGACUUCAGAAACGAUGCAUCAGUUGGAUCCAUCUCUGUCCUCAGUGACUCCAGCUGCCAGCCUGUUGGCCAGAUGUGUCUCCAGAGGUGCCAUGUCUCAGGAGGAAGUAGACGCCGCCUCCUCCAGGCUGAGCCCCGCCUUCUCUUCUCACCUGCACGAGGCUGAACAGCGAACCAGAACGCGCAGACAGUUGCACGAGCUGCAGCUGCAGCUGGAGCUGCUGAGGCAGGAGAAGGAGAGCGCCGACGUCGCGCACGGAUUCUACCUCGCUCGGCGUUUCCAGAUGAUGCAGAUGUUCUGCGGCCACCUGCAGGACCUGCUGAAGGAGCAGACCAGCCUGAGGCAGAGGCUGAUGAGACCGCUGGGCCGCGCCAACCUGCCCGUCCAGGCUGACCUGCACAGGUUUGUGCUGGACGCUGUGAAGAUGCUGCUGGACUUCAUAGAGACUCUGGAGGAGAAGCUGAGCUCGGUCCGCAGCCGUCCCGCCGCCGGAGACCGCCUCGCUCAGCUGGACACCUCUCUCGCCCAGUUACUGGCUCAGGUGGCGGAGGUGGAGAGUUUGUCCAAUCAGCUUCUCCAGUGGAAGGAAGUCAGCGGCAGCAGGCUGAGUGACAGCUCUGCAGGAUGACCCCUCCCCCCUCCUGACGGACAGGACGCUGCGUGUUUACUGCAGUUGUUGUUAUUAUUAUUAUGUGACAUGAUGUUUGUUUUGUAAUAAAAUCAGAUGCUGGUA